AUGGACGAUACGCCCACGAGCCGCAAGCGUGGGCGCAAGUCGGAGGCGCCGCCGACGCCGGUGGACGUGCUGGACGAAGUCGAUGACGAGCUCGUCGGAUGGCCGGCGAAGCGCGGCAAGAAGCGGAAGAAUGACAGCGGCGCACGCGAGCGGUCGUCCAGUGUGCGCGGCGCCAGUGCCGAUCGGCGCAGCGCGUCGCGCGUGCCGGACAGUGCGGACGAUGCGCGGCACGAGUCGGACGACAACGACGACGAUGCGUCCGAGGACGAGUCUGAUGUCGCCGAGGGCGACGCGCUCGCAGACGACGAGUUUUCGCGGCAGCAGACCAUCUAUGCCGCGCAGCAGCGGAGUAUGGGUCUCUUGUCGCACCUGAUGGACGAGGACCAACUGGAGCGGCACAUGGCCUCGCGACGUGGCUCGCUCAAUAAGGGCAGUGUGCGCAAGCUCGUGAACCACGUCCUGUCCCAGACAGUGAACCAGCACAUUGUGAUGGCCGUGAGCGGUGUCGGCAAAGUGUUUGUCGGCGAGAUGGUCGAGCUCGCGCGCACCGUGCAGCGGGAGCGCCACGAGAGCGGGCCGAUCCUCCCGCUGCAUCUGUACGAAGCGUAUCGCCGCUACAAAAAUGCCCAGGAACGCCCGGGUCGCUUUCCACCAGGGCUAUCGAGUGGCGGGGCGGGCCUGGGCCGGCGCCGGCGCCUGUUUUCAUAG